CAGUCGAGUAGCACACACACGGAUACACGGCAUGGGGUUGUAGGAAACCCUGCUGACGCAAAGGUCAAAUCUGGAUAGGGAAUUAGGAACCUGAACCUCUCAAUAGUCUCUCAGCACCGUUCAGUCCUGCUGCGAGUGUCCGUAGAGUUCGUAUUGUAGAGUCCGCGGCGCCACCUCGUGUUCGCAGGCUGUCUUAUCGCGCGGUUUCGCGUUAUCUAAAAAUUCUUUAGGAGAAAAAAACGUUAGAAUAUUGAAAUCCUAAUUAAAUUUGAAAAACAAAAAAGGGUAAAAUGUUCGUGGAGAAAAUAUAGGUGUCGUGCGUGGGAAAAGGAAGUAAAAAAAAAAACAAAGAGCAGUGAAAAGUGAAAAAGGAACCUUACAAGGAAGAAACAAAAUUUACUCUUGGUUAAAGUGGAAUUUUUGUUUUAACAGAAUUUGAAUUGAAAUUCAAAGAAAAAUGUGAAAUUGCCCGUUUCGAGUGAAAAUUGAAUCCCAGUGAACAGUGUGUGAUAUCAGAACCAGUGGCUACACUGGUUGAUGUCACUAUCGUGCAUCUCCUUGGAAAGGUUCCGGAGGAGCAGUGCAUAUUUGAGACAAGCAAACUUUCUCGUUAGAGGAAAAAAUCUUAUUUCGGGCUUCCAAAAUAUACAAAACUGACAAAAUGAUGAUGAAUGCAUUUAUGGAUCCAACGGCGUCUCACCACCACUUAGCCUCUUAUGGGCUUCGAAUGUCGCCUACCACUCAAGCAUCUUCACAACAGCAGCCCUCCCAGCAGCCCCAGGACUCGUCUGCCUCGGCUGUUGCCCAACAACAAAUGGAUUCAGCUGGGCUAAUGGCCGGCUCCAUGUCGUCCUUGACCAACUCCAGUGACAUGUCCGCGUCGUCUUAUCAGAAUGCAACGGCUGGAGCAUAUGGUCAUAUGGGUCACCUGAACAGCCAACUUGGCUCAUAUUCACCCCGCGAUUUCCUGCUACGUCGCGAUCAGGACUACAUGACAGCGGGAGCUGCUUCAGCCGCCGGUGUUGGACAAACAGCUCCCGGAACGGAUUCAAUGCUCUUCCCGUCCAUUCAUCACACGCAUGCAAUGCAUGACACCUCCACCACUUUUGGCAAUCAUCCAUUUCACCAUCAUCAUCAUCAGCAUCAAAUGCGGAUGGGAAUCGCCGCGGCUGAUUACACCCACCCCUAUCAUCCGCACGCUCAUCAUCAAGCGAACUUUCCGUCGGUCCAUCAUCAUCAUCAUCCAAUGACCAUGAACCAUGGCGCCUCAGGUGCAUUCUUUCGUUAUAUGCGACAUCAGCCUCCGAAUACGAUGAAUAUUAAGCAGGAGAUGCAGUGUCUGUGGAUUGACCCGGAUCAUAUUCAUCCCGCGCCACAGAGUCGGAAGACUUGCGGAAAGAUAUUUCACUCCAUGCAUGAAAUUGUGACACAUUUGACAGUAGAUCAUGUUGGAGGUCCUGAAUGCACAACGCAUGCAUGCUAUUGGAUGGGAUGCACCCGGAAUGGUAGACCGUUCAAGGCAAAGUACAAAUUGGUCAAUCAUAUAAGAGUGCAUACGGGGGAGAAACCGUUCGCGUGUCCGUUCAGUGGAUGCGGGAAAGUGUUUGCAAGGAGUGAGAAUUUGAAGAUUCACAAAAGAACGCAUACAGGUGAAAAACCAUUCAAAUGUGAACAUGAAGGUUGUGAUCGACGAUUUGCGAAUUCCUCUGAUCGAAAGAAACAUUCACAUGUGCACACUUCAGAUAAACCUUAUAACUGUCGAGUGAAUGGCUGUGACAAAUCUUACACUCAUCCGUCGUCCCUGAGGAAACAUAUGAAGGUUCACGGCAGUCUGGAUGAGAAAUCACCAUCCCACGCUUACGAUAGCGACGGUGAGGAGUCAAGUUCAUCGAGUAUAGUUACAGGCGGUGCACAAACACCCCCCAAUAGUCGACUGACCAGCGAAGGAAUGAAAUCAUCCCCACUCUCAAUAAAAUCCGAAUCGGGUCAUCAUCACCAUCACGGCGCGCAUCAUACACUUGGUAGUAGUUCAAAGUCACCCUCACUAUUAGUUGCACCCACUUCAUACCUGCCACCACCACUCGGUCCACCCUCACUCUCAGCAUCCGCGCAUCACCCGUCAUCUUCCGGUGUCCCGUCCGCUGCAGUAUCCCCUGGAAGUACAACAACAAACACGACUACAAUGUUAGUGACCGGUCAUCAUAAUCAUCACUUACUUUAUCAUCCGUCGCAGCAUCACCCCAGCUCGGAAUGGUAUCAUACAGCAGCCCCGCCUGCAGGUGAUUCAAUGAAUCACCACCUGAAUCAUUUCGGGCAUCACCAUCAUUUGAUGCAUCACGGCGCUGCAACGGCGUAUUGAAGUUAGGCUUUAGUUUAGGUUUUCUUUGUUAAAUUAAUUGCAAUUUCGUAGCUUGUUGAAACUAACCUGUUAUUAAUAUUAUGGUUUUGAACUGAAUAGUAUCUGAUUCAGUAGGAAAAUGAGUAUAACUGCGUGUAAGUCGUUCCUUGUCAAUCUGAAGUCGCUGCUUCUAGACAUCUAUUGAUCUAUGUAUAUAUUUAUUUACCGCCAAAUCUAACAAUCUAUUUUAAUCAGUUUACUUCAAACUAUCGAAAUAUGUAGCUUUCCUUCCGGAGUAUUAAAAUAAAUAACGCGAAAUAGCAAGUAAUCCUUUCCAAUGGCAUAUUCCACUAUCCACUAUCAUUUCCACCUUCAGCGCUUAUCACACCAUCCAACGUUUAACAUAGCCAAAUUGUGCCUGUGCUUGACUCAUUCUCUCACGUGAAACUUCACAAGAUACUACCGAAUAUCUGAAACUGUGGCGAAAAAGAUACUUAACAAGAAAGAACUCGAAUAGUUGUUACAAACGCUAGGUAAACAAAAGAUAUCCUGCAGAACAAAUGUAAAUGUAUACUUGUAAAAAUACGCAUACGAAGAUUUAUACUAUUAUCUAAAAAUUAGAAACUUCUGAAAUUCAAAACAAAUUUCAACGAGAAUUGUGGAGAAAACUCUGUAUAAACUGCCUGUCCUUCAAUUUUCCACUGUGUCGGUUUGUUUUGAAUGUAGUUUAUUAGUUUGGCAGAUACUUUUGCUAAAUAAUGUGUAUAGAUUGCGAAAAUUAAACUGCGAAAUGUAAAAUGUUAGAAGAAACUGAAAAUAAUCGUAAAAUAGCGAAAAUAAAAAAGUGAAUAUUAUUUAAUUUAUUUUAAAAGAAAAACAAAGUUCUUUAUAUAUUUACACAGCUUAUGUACUGUAAUUACUUGUAUAAUUAUUAUUUGUAAAAAACUAUGUAUAGAGAUAAAUAUAAAAUAAAAACACAGAAAUUAAGUGUGAUAAUGGAAAU